AUGGCAACGAUUUAUUACGAGAGUGAUGCCAAUUUUGAUUUACUGAAAGAGCGCACAGUCGCUGUCGUCGGUUACGGCGCGCAGGGACGUGCACAGUCGCUAAACCUUAAAGACAGCGGUGCAAACGUGAUCGUCGCAUUGUACGAGGGCAGCCGUUCAAAAGCUCGCGCAGAAGCGGAAGGUUUGACCGUCAAGAACGUUGAAGAAGCCGCAGCAAUGGCGGACAUCGUCCAAGUUCUUAUCCCUGACGAACGCCACGCAGCUGUCUAUCGCGACCAGAUCGCACCGAAUAUGGAAGAGGGCAAUAUGCUCCUCGUCUCACACGGAUUCAGUGUCCACUUUGGGCAGAUUGUGCCUGCUACCGACAUUGAUGUUGCGAUGAUCGCACCGAAGGGACCCGGUUCCCUUGUCCGCGAGGUGUUUGAAGGUGGUGGUGGUGUACCCUGUCUCAUUGCUAUUCAUCAAGACACAACCGGUCUUGCACGCGAUGUCGCACUCGCUUACGCAAAAGGUAUCGGUGGUACUCGCGCCGGUGUUAUUGAAACGACGUUCCGUGAGGAAACCGAGACGGAUCUCUUCGGUGAGCAAGCCGUGCUGUGUGGUGGAACCGCUGCACUCAUUAAAGCCGCCUUUGAUACGCUCGUUGAAGCCGGCUACCAACCGGAGAUGGCUUACUUUGAGUGCCUCCACGAAUUGAAGCUGAUUGUUGACCUGAUCUAUACCGGUGGGUUGAGCAAGAUGCGCAAUGAUGUCAGCAAUACCGCCGAAUACGGCGACCUAACACGCGGUCCGCAACUCAUUGACGAUAGCAUCCGGGACAAGAUGCGCCAAAUCUUGAAGGACGUGCAAGGUGGUGUUUUCGCAAGAGAGUGGGUGCUGGAAAAUGAGGCGAACCAACCCGUCCUUGGCGCGCUCCGUCGGCAAGAAUCAGAACUGCAGAUUGAGGAAGUCGGCAAAAAUCUCCGCAGCAUGAUGAGCUGGCUUGACGAAUAG